GAGUUUAGGUGGAUGUCUACUACGGCGCGGGGCCGCACGUGAAGGAAUGCGCGCUCUCCCCUCCUUCUCUAUGACGCGCAGAGCGGAACCGGAGGAACGAGCUCUCUGUGAGAGAGGGAAGGCGAGAAGUUGAUCCGGUUAAAGGGGGGAAAUGUUGUAGUGAGGAGAAGAGGCGUGCCAAUAAUCAGGGAGGUGUUUUUGAUGCGGGCGCGCGUCUCGGAGAACACAUGGGAACGCAGCGGUUUAAUUACGCAGCGUCACGCGGAGCUCCCUGAGGUGCUGCGGCUGCUGGUGUUUGCUCUGCCUGUCCUCUUCUGAGCGAGCUAGGAGGCUGAACUUUGUGCGGGACGAAGUUAAAGUUCGGGGGAAUACAGGAGCCGUACAGACGGUGUUUCCCACCAGGAUGCAGGGACUGAGCUCCCGGGCUCACGCCUUUUCGGUGGAGGCGCUGGUCGGGAAGCCCUGCAAGAGGAUUAAAGUGUCGGAGGAGCACGAGCCGAGCAGCGCUGACACCAGCGGCGAUAGGAGCAUCUUUCCCGACCAGAAUAAAUAUCCCAUCAACCAGCUACAGAAAGCAUGUCCGACACCGAGGAGGGGAGAGGACCCCUCAGCCUGUGACCCGCAGGGACAGACUGACAGAUCACAGACUGAAGACUCUGACCCGAGCAGCGAGGAGAAGAAGCCGAAGGAGAGCGACUGUCGGCCGGACAGAGAGGUCCGAGUAGAGCUGCAGGGCUCCGAGCUGUGGAGGAGAUUCUACGAGAUCGGCACCGAGAUGAUCAUCACUAAAGCCGGAAGGAGAAUGUUUCCUUCUGUGCGCGUCAAGGUGCGCAAUCUGGACCCUUGCCAGCAGUAUUAUAUCGCGAUGGACGUCAUGCCCGUGGACUCCAAACGUUACAGGUAUGUGUACCACAGCUCGCAGUGGAUGGUGGCUGGAAACACGGAUCACUCCUGCAUCUCGCCGCGGCUCUACGUGCACCCGGACUCCCCGUGCGCAGGAGAGACGUGGAUGCGUCAGGUCAUCAGCUUUGACCGAGUCAAGCUCACCAACAACGAAAUGGACGAUAAGGGACAUAUCAUUCUUCAGUCGAUGCAUAAAUACAAGCCACGUGUGCACAUCAUCAAACACAACCCUCGCAUGGACUUGUCUCAGAUCCAGUCGCUGCCUGCUGACGGAGUGCACAGCUUCUCCUUCCCAGAAACAGAGUUCACCACAGUCACAGCCUACCAGAACCAGCAGAUUACAAAACUGAAGAUCGACAGGAACCCCUUCGCCAAAGGCUUCCGAGAUCCAGGAAGGAAUAGGGGAGUGUUGGAUGGCCUGCUCGAGUCAUAUCCCUGGAGAGGCCCUUUCAGCCUGGACUUCAAGCCUUUCACCAUACAGCUCCAAGGGAGCUCAGGGUCGCCCACCAGCAGUGUGAAGAGCCUCCUUCCCGUCUCUUCAUCUUCAUCCCUUCACCCGCUGUCCUGCCAGGAGGCCGCUGUCCACGCUUUCACUCUCCCCCUCUACAGCAAGACCUCCACCACCUCACCCAGCAUUUCCCCUCUGCCCAGCAGAGCCUUCUCCUCCCUGGGAGCAGACAGACUGAGAGGCUUCUCCCCUCUGCCUCCUCUCACAGACCUCCCGCUGUUCUCUGCGCUGCAGGGGAAGAAACCGCCCCACUGCAGGGACCCGUGUCCUCACGAGUCCCCGGGGUCUCCUUGCCUACUCCCCUUACACUGCCCUCUCAGCCCUCAGAGCUCUCCUCUCCCCCCACAUCUCUCAGACACUGUAAGCCCGUAUUGCCUCUACCGCUACAGCUUCCCUCUGAACCCCCAGCUUGCAGCCAUUUCCCGGCACCCCAAACUAGCCGAAGACACUACAGACUGUCUGCUGCGCCAGCCUCCCUGGCUCCCGACCACCAACCACUGCCUCUGACGGCUGGACGGCACUUGCGGGCUCCGGCCCAUUGAGCAUAACAAUCCCAAAACUGAACACACAAAACAGAAAGGGCUGAUCCUCCUUGAUCCGACUGAGAGGAGAAAUGUGGCUGUGGGGACUUCUUUGUAUUUAUAAACUCUUUUACACAAACGUGUUGGAGUUACCAGCACAAACAAGCGAUCCCGAGGCAGAUUGCGAGCAGCUCCUUUUCAUUCUGCAAUCUCGUCUAGAGCCAGAGAAGCCAAAAACGGAGUAAACAGAAACAUUCCUGUUCAGGCAGGAUGCAGAUUUUUAUUCGGGACAGAUUGCUUUUGACAGUUCAGUCCACAGUUUUACUGCAUCAAGGGCUGUAACAGUGUUACCAAAGAGCAUCAGCAAUGAGGUAUGUAACAGAACUAUUAUAAUGAACGUGUUUGUUAAACUGACCAUAAGUGCCCAUUAAAGUUUUUUCGUGCUUUUUGUUGAGCUCCACAACUUCCAAAUGGUCUUUUUAUACACUUUCAAACACGGCAGUGCACACAUAGCACACGCAUAAUGACAGUUCUGCUUGAACAUAAAUGCCAAAAUUCAGAGUAAAGCACACAUGCAGUAUUGAGCAACAGGAAGCGAGUUUGAAGGAGACAUGAUGAAAGGGUGCACAUUAUGUUCCAAUUAUCUGCCGCUGUCCAUUUAAAGUGAACAAAAGCAUGUUUUGUGUUUUUGAAUCUCUGCGUCAGGCCUGGCCACCCCUGACUAAUAAUAUGAGCUCAUCAGGUUUCUGUGUGAUUUUUAGGGGAAGAACCACAGCUGCCAGAAUCCAGGCAGCCAGUUUCCAUUCCUGCAUUUUAUUACCAAUAAUAAGGCUAAUCAGAGAUGCAUGGAGGUGAAAUGGUUAUUCAGUAGAGCCCUUUAUUCGGAACAAGAGCUUUGCUCCCUGAAACAGUUUAAAUCAGCUCUUUUCUUGAUUGUUGUGUUGUUCAGAGUCAAAUGAAAAGCUAUCACUACCGUUGGCCAACACAACACAGUUGUUUUGGGGUUUUUUUUGCGUUCAUACCAAAUGGGGCACACCCGUUCAGCCACUGAUGUGAUAAUUCCUGCCUUCAGCUCAGUCAGAAACCAGCACCCGUUCAUCCCUGUCUCUCUCCUCCCUCUCAGCAGAGCUAGGAACAGCAGUUUAGGAAAAGUGGGGAGGGAGGGAGAGGGAAAUGGCCUGUUUCCCGACAAACGGUCAUAACCAAACAGCAAUUUACUUGUCACAGCCGAGCAUGGCGGUGAGCUAAUGUGAGCUGGACGUGGAAAUAGCAGGAAGAAGUUAAUUGAGGAUCUCGGUAAGGGGAUGGCCCGUGUUUUGGUGAAUGGUCAGGUGCGCCGCUAUCAAACAGCCUGCUCUUUGUCUGCAGACCGACAUAAUCUGGACAGGUUAUUUGAUACUGUCUGUCAUUUCCAUUUGGCCUGCAUAGGACAAUCAUUUUAAACUCCCUUCUAAUUCCUGAUCUUUCAAUUAGACAAAUUGCUUUCAUACCAGGAGGGCUGAACAUUGCACCUGUCACUCUUCAGUGAAGCAGGCACACGCUUGUGGAUAUUAGAAGGAAAAAGAUAACAUGAGCAUGUGGGCCUAAAUAUGAGUGUGCUAAAUUGAAAAAGAUAAACAAGAGGUUUGACGCACAUUCAUAGAGUCUGAAAUAGCUAAAACUGUGUUUGAUAAAAUUCAGUUAAAUUCAGUGUUGCUUACAUAGCACCAAAUCAUAACAACA